AUGGCUACUAGAGAGUUGUCUUUUCUUUUAGGUUUCUUAGUGUUGCUUAGCUCAUUGGCUCCUGCUACGCCAAUGACAUAUGUUAACUGCACAGUCCCAAAAGAUCCUGGAUUUACCAGAAAGUCCUUUCCAGAUGGCUUUGUUUUUGGGACUGGCGCAGCUGCCUAUCAGUACGAAGGUCAUGCAAACAAAAGUGGCAGAGGGCCUAGCAUAUGGGACGUAUUUACUCAUGAUUAUCCAGGCAGAAUAAGAGAUCACAGCACGGGUGACAUCGCAGUUGAUUUAUAUGAUCGUUAUAAGAAAGAUAUUCAAAGGAUGAAGGACAUGCAUAUGGAUGCUUUUAGAUUCUCUAUCUCUUGGACCAGAGUUAUACCUAGUGGGCAGGUACAGUGGGGAAUAAAUGAACAGGGAAUCCAGUUUUACCACAAACUCAUUGAUGAAGUCAAAAAGAAUGGACUCGAGCCUUAUGUGACUAUUUUUCAUUGGGGUACUCCUCAAGCAUUGUAUGACAAGUAUGGUGGCUUCCUAAGUGAAAGCAUUGUUGCUCAUGGCUUUGAUUCUGGCGUUGGUGCACCGGGGCGAUGCUCACCAUGGGUGAAUAAAGCAUGCCAGGCAGGAGACUCUGCUACUGAACCUUACAGAGUUUCUCAUAAUUUGCUUCUUUCUCAUGCAGCAGCUGUAAAAUUGUAUCGAGAAAAGUACAAGAAAAAACAAAAUGGAACGAUUGGGAUAACACUCUGCUCCUUUUGGUACGAACCUUAUUCCGAUACCCCAGCAGAUUAUGAGGCAGUUCAAAGAAUUCUUGAUUUCGACCUUGGCUGGCACUUGAGUCCAGUUAUUUAUGGUGACUAUCCAAGGAGCAUGAGGAAGUUAGUUGGAGAUCGACUGCCACCUUUCACUACCCAAGAAAGUGAAGAUCUUCGAGGAUCUUAUGAUGUUAUUGGAUUAAAUUACUAUGGUGGAUAUUAUGCACAAAAUCUUAGCCAACGACAAGAUCCUGAUCCUACUCACAUUCGAUACGCAACAGACGCUCUUGUCAAUGUUAUCGGGAAGAGAGAUGGAAGGCUCAUUGGACCACAGGCUGCUUCACCCUGGUUAUAUGUUUAUCCAAAAGGAAUACGAUAUCUUCUGAACUACACCAAGGAUCAAUACAGGAAUCCAACAAUUUAUAUAACUGAGAAUGGAGUUUCUGAGUUCAACAAUGGAUCCGAUAUACCAUUGGACACAGCCCUCAAUGAUACUUGCAGGGUAAAAUAUUACCAUGACCAUCUUAAGAAUGUCCUAGGAUCCAUUGAGGAAUCAAACUGGAGCGUUCCAUUGCGUUUCUACAAUUCUGCUGGAAAUGAAGACGAGUAUGCUGAUGAAUGA